CAAAGAAAAAAACAUUCCUCUUUCCCCGAUGUUUUUACCAUUAGAUAUACUCCCAACCUUCCGAUGCAGAAACUUGAAAAGAUGGUUCUCCACUUUCAACUCGCCAUCUUCUUUCACGUUUUCUGAGUGAUGUCUGACGAGGAUAUUCUCUUACACCCUAUAAUUUACGCUAAUUCAUCACUUCCUGCCUCCUCACUCUUCAUUUCUCCGGCGACAUUCAAUCUCACAUCCGCCAAUUUUCAGGUUGAGCUUUCAGGUACUUUGGGUAUUUACUUGGGAUAUGAGCUUCAAGGAAAGAUAAUGAAAAAAACAAGGAGGGUAGGCAAGUAUGAGGUUGGCAAGACGAUUGGUGAAGGAACCUUCGCGAAGGUUAAGUACGCUAGAAAUACAGAGACUGGGGAGAGCGUGGCCAUGAAGAUUCUGGCCAAAAGCAGCAUACUACAGCACAAAAUGGUUGAUCAGAUUAAAAGAGAAAUAUCCAUAAUGAAGAUUGUCAGACAUCCUAACAUAGUUAGAUUGCAUGAGGUUUUGGCAAGUCAAACAAAGAUAUAUAUCAUUCUUGAGUUCGUGACUGGAGGAGAGCUCUUUGAUAAAAUUGUUCAUCAAGGAAGACUUCCUGAAAAAGAAAGUAGGCGAUACUUUCAACAGCUCAUAGAUGCGGUUGCCCAUUGUCACAGUAAGAGUGUGUACCACAGAGACCUAAAGCCCGAAAAUCUUCUUCUUGAUGCUUAUGGGAAUUUGAAGGUUUCUGAUUUUGGUUUGAGUGCAUUGCCUCAGCAAGGGGUUUCUCUUCUCCAUACCACAUGUGGAACUCCAAAUUAUGUUGCACCUGAGGUGAUCAGCUACCAAGGUUAUGAUGGUGCAGCAGCUGAUAUAUGGUCAUGUGGAGUUAUUCUUUUUGUUAUAAUGGCUGGAUAUCUACCUUUUGAUGGGCCAGACCUUCCAUCCUUAUACAAAAAGAUAAAUGCUGCAGAAUUUUCUUGCCCAUAUUGGUUUUCUCCUGGAGCAAAAUCUAUCAUACAUAAAAUUCUUGAUCCCAACCACAGAACACGUAUUCGGAUUGAAGAAAUAAGGAAAGAUCCUUGGUUCAGGAAAAACUAUGUGCCUAUCAGACCUAGGGAAGAAGAGGAAGUGAAUUUGGAUGAUGUUUGUGCAGUUUUUGAUGACAUUGAGGAUCGAUAUGUUGCAGAGAAGACUGAAACUAAACAGGCAGGUCCAUUGAUAAUGAAUGCAUUCGAGAUGAUAACCCUGUCUCAAGGGUUGAAUUUAUCAGCACUCUUUGAUAGGCGACAGGAUUAUGUCAUAAGGCAAACUCGUUUUAUUUCCCGCAAGCCGGCAAAAGUGAUAAUUUCAAGUAUUGAGGCUGCUGCAAUAUCAAUGGGUUUCAAGGCUCAUACACGCAAUUACAAGACAAGGCUUGAGGGGCUAUCUUUGAAUAAAGCUGGACAAUUUGCAGUUGUUAUAGAGAUUUUUGAAGUUGCACCAUCCCUUUUCAUGGUAGAUGUUCGGAAGGCUGCUGGUGAUACUCUUGAAUAUCACAAGGUUAGCUUCUACUGGUUUCUAUAACCUGUUAUCCAAAUUCUUGAGUAGUUUCAAUUACUCCCUUCACUUCCCAGGCUAAAGUAGUGCUAAGGAGAUAAUAAUCACUUGGCUACAUGCCAGAACCAGAUCUGAAAUGUUAAUGAGAGACCAAGAAUACACAAUUUGCUGGCUCUAUGACUCUUAGCCUGCUACUCCUUACUGGAUCAUUCAUAUUAAGAGCCUAUGACUUUCUUGGCAUUGGGAUAUAGAAUUUAGUUUCA